UUCGAAUACAUUGUAACAUUGGAAUAGAUUUCGAGUUUUAUUAUUAUCUUAUUUUUAUUUGAACCGUUUAAAAAGGAAAGAAUAUUUUUUGGAUUACCUAACCUUCAGAAAAUCUCAAAGUGUCGAGAGAAACAAUGAGUCCCGUGGAAAGUGGUCCUGUUGCUGUUUUGCACCAUGUUGAUGAUUAUGUAGAAUUAUUAUAUGAUGAUAUACCUGAAAAAAUUAAAGGAUCAGCACUCAUUCUACAACUUGCUAGAAACCCUGAUAAUCUUUUAGAGUUGGCUAGAAAUGAAGCAUUACUUAGUGCCCUGUCCAGAGUCCUGAGAGAAGAAUGGAAACGAAGCAUUGAACUAAGUACCAAUAUUGUAUACACAUUUUUUUGUUUCUCAACCUACAAUGAAUUUCAUCCAGUUAUUAUACAAUACAAAAUAGGAUCAUUGUGUAUGGAUGUAAUAGAUUAUGAAUUAAAAAGAUAUGAUCAAUGGAAAGAAAAAGUUGAAGGAAAAAAAUCUAUACUAACCCCUGAUAAAAGCGAACUCCCAAAAAGUAGGAUUCCCGAACCAAAGCGGCGACCUAAAUCAGGCACUUGGGCUGUUGCAGAUGUGAAUUUGCAGAAAUCUAGAUCUCUAGUAUCUAGCUAUCAUGAAGAGCUGUGUAGUGCUUCAGAUGAGUGCCUUUCUAAAAGUGAUGAAGAACAGUUGAAAAGAAAGCUUAAAACUUUGUCAAAGCGACAAGAGCAACUUUUAAGAGUUGCAUUUUACAUGUUACUCAAUAUUGCAGAUAAUGUAAAGGUUGAAGAGAAGAUGCAUAAAAAGGAAAUAGUUGGUCUUUUAAUUGGUGCCAUGGAAAGGCAUUCAAAUAUUGAUUUACUUAUACUUAUUGUGUCCUUCCUUCAAAAGCUUUCAAUUUUUGUCGAAAACAAAAAUAGCAUGGCUUCUCGAGCCAUUAUAGAAAAGUUAGCACCCUUAUUGGAUUCAUCAAAUGCUGAUCUUGUAAAUGUAACUUUAAAGUUAUUAUUUAACCUUACUUUUGACACAAAAUUACGCAAUAAAAUGAUUAAACUUGGACUAUUACCAAAGUUCAUCCAAUUUACUAGUGAUGAAAAACAUAUAAAUUUAGCAAUGAAAAUACUCUACCAUUUGAGUAUGGAUGAUCGCGUUAAGUUAAUGUUUACACAGUCAGACUGUGUAAAAUUGUUAACGGACAUGCUGCUGUUGAAUGUCAAUGCAGAAUCGGGAGGCUCUACAGAUGUUUUGUUGGCAUUAUGUGUAAACCUUGCUUGGUGUGAGCGAGCAGCGCACCAAAUGGCUGCUGAAGGCCGACUUCGUGAACUAUUGGCACGUGCUUUCCGGUAUUGCAAUUCUGUACUCAUGAAACUUGUUCGGAACCUUUCCCAUCAUCCACAAAACAAACCACUUUUUUUGGAAUUCGUCGGAGAUAUCGCGGGAGCCGUAACUAGUGGCGAAACUAGUGAGGAGUUUCACAUUGAAUGCAUGGGGACUCUCAGCAACAUACUCAAUCCAGAAAAUAUAGAUAUAUAUGCUGUAGUAGAAAGAUAUAAUCUGAUACCUUGCAUCAUGAAAAUUUUGGAUCCAGAGAGCGGGAGCAGUGAAGAGUUAUUACUGGAGGGCGUGGUGAUGGCGGGCGCAGUGGCGGCUGAGUCGCGGGCGGCGGGCGCGCUGGUGCGUGCGGGCGCGGGGCCGGCGCUCGUGGUCGCGCUGCGCACGCAUCAGGCCGACGACGAACACGUGUUGCAAACUGUCUUCGCCUUCCGACAGCUGCUCUCGCAUCCCAAAGCGGCCGAACACCUCGUCUCGCAGACAGAAGCUCCUGCAUAUCUCAUUGAUCUGAUGCAAGAUAAGAAUGCUGAAAUCAGGAAAAUGUGUGACUCUUGCCUCGAUAUUAUAUCACAAAUGCAGAACGAAUGGGCGGCCCGAAUAAAGGUGGAGAGGUUCCGGUGCCACAAUGGACAGUGGCUCUCCGUGGUGGAGACAUUAGGGGCGGAGGGAGGUGCGGGGGAUGCGGCCGACGAUUUGCCUCCCUACCUUUCCGCCGAGUACCUUACCACGCACCGGCUUGCCACCUCCGACUCACAAACGUCAAUUAACGACGACUCAGAUAGCCUGUCGGGUGAGGUUGAUCUUAAUCGCGUCGAAGCCAGGAACUCUUCAGAGGAGCAUAAAGGCGAACUUUUCACUUCGACGGAUGGCUCGUCGGGGAAGCUUUCGGAUAUCGACGGCCCUACCAGUGAUAUUGUACUAUUCACUUAAUAUAUAAUAGUUUUAAAUAAUCACAUAGAUGC